AUGUCUGUAGCCAGCGGGAGGCCGCCGGUGAGGAUGGCGGUACGAUCCGUCUUCGACGCGGGGGCUCUCCGCAGCGAGUUCGAGAGUGCAGGGAUCAGCACGAAGUUCCUUCCCUUGAUCUGGAGGUAUUUUGGAGGGAGGGGGAGAGGACCUGAAGUGGUGGUGUGUGUGGCUGAGGUUUUUCAUCUCGUUUCUGUUUUCAUUGUGCAGGCAUGCCCUCGACAACCCUAAUUGCGAUCUAGAGGAUGUUCCCUCUCUGCCGUCGGCGGCGUACCCGCUCCUUCGUGACAAGUUCAGGACCAUGACCUCGUCGGUCGCCUCCGCUGUAGAUUCCGCGGAUGGAACCACCACCAAGCUCCUCGUCCGCCUGCAGGUUUCCGUCCUCUUGUUUUAUUCCUUAUUUUCUCCAAUUACAGGCUUCUUUCUUUAAGUUAUUCAGAGCAUUUUCCUCUUUGUAAUCAUCUAAAGGUUGACGUCUGGAUAUUAAUCCCAUAAUCUCCUGUGGCGUUGGCUUCGUCAAUAUUGACGGUCGGCGAGGGUCUGUAGGUCGUGAUGAGCUCCACCUUGAGAAUUCUUACAUCUCUGACCUCUUUAUGUCCGAUUCUUCAGCUUUCCCAUUUUCUUCUCCUCGGUCUCAGAUUAAUACCUUAUUAUCUAUUUGCGGUCUGCGAUCUAGGCUAUGUAGUGAACUGGCUACCAUUUUCUUCUUCGAGCAAUUACCAACUAAAGGCCUCUCCCGUAUGAUCUGAUACCUGUCGCGCUGUGGUCUUGGGUGACAGCUCGGUUUGCUGUUGCGACACCUGACUGUGUGAAGUCUUUGUCACAACUUGUAUCAAUGAUGCAACUUUGUACGGAUAGGUCUGGUACAUUGUUUAUCCAUAGUCAUAUAACUUAUCGAUGAUAAUGUGGCCUCUCUCAAUAAACCACAAUCCCGUUAUUCCUGAUCCCAUACUGAAUCAAUGCAGACUAGGCAACAUAGUAUUCAAAAGUAUCCAAUUUCAACUGAUUCCGCUCCGUUGUGUUAUCAUUUAGUCUUUUUUCCUAUGAUAAACAGAACGGCAGCUAUAUAGAGGCUGUGAUUAUGAGAUACGAUACACGAUUGGGUAAAUAUGAUGGAAAGCCUCGUCCCGGAGGCCUAAGAUCGACAUUAUGUGUCUCGUCCCAGGUAUUCUCUUCCCUGCUAUAUCCGUCCAUUUUUACCUGUAAAUUUUAGUUCAUCUCCCUGCUGUAGAAAUUAGUAUCAUCCUUUUUUUUCUGUUUUCGUUUCCUGCACUAGGUUGGCUGCAAGAUGGGUUGCAAAUUCUGUGCCACUGGCACCAUGGGCUUCAAAAGCAAUUUAUCAUCAGGGGAAAUUGUGGAACAGCUGGUUCAUGCCCUUAGAUUGUCAAAUAUACGCAAUAUCGUUUUCAUGGUAAUCUUUUUUUACCUAUGUUUCUGUCUGAGCUACUUGAUAUUGUGGUGUACGGUAUCACUGGUCGAUUUUUAUUUUCAUUUUAUCCUAGUGAUCAAUGCCUUUAUGAGAAAUGUAUGAGCUUCUGUUGUAGAAAUUAGCAGUCCGUGACCUGAAUAUGUUCUGCUUUGUUGCUUGUCGUAUUUAUUAACACUUGUCAUCGCCAGAUAUGGGGAAUUUUUGCACAAUUUGAUCCCCAUUUUUUAUCCCAACUAGUUUCUUGAUUUCUUAUUGGGCAAAUGCAGGGGAUGGGGGAGCCCUUGAACAACUAUUCUGCGGUAGUGGAAGCUGUCAAGGUCGUGACUGGAAGCCCUUUCCAGCUCUCGCCAAAGCGGAUAACCAUCUCCACUGUAGGUGACGUUACUGUGGCAACACUAGCAACCACCAUGCUAUUAAAUUAUUUAGGCACAUAUAUUACUUAUCAGGAAUUCAAUCUUCCCUGUGAUAUGCUUCACAUUUGUCACUGGUGAUGCUCCUGGAGCCAUAAUUGAUCAAACAUAUCCACUAUAUGCUGUUGACGAAUAGUCUUCAUUGGUUCGCCCACUUUUGGGAGAGCCCAAAAUGGGUUGUUUCUGACCAUUUUUCCCUCCUUCAACCCUUGCCGGUCGGAAUAGACGAUGUCUUGUGAGGAUUAUCGAUCUCUUGUAACUCUUGGGCAAUUUGACCUUCAUUUCCAUGAAAUGUUCCCAAUUCUGAGAUUAUUAUCUAUUAUGUACGUAGAGAAGCUGCCCUGAUACUAUUUUUUAUACAGCAUUUAUAAGAUUUUCAGUUCCAGAGCCCUCAUUAAUGCAAUGCUGUUCAUUUCUAACUUGCAAAGAACGGUGACCAAAAUUGAUGGUCUCAACUCAGGUUGGGAUUAUUCACGCCAUCAACAAGUUUCUGGGUGACCUGCCGAAUGUAAACCUGGCCGUCUCUCUGCAUGCACCAGAUCAGGAAACCCGUUGCCAGAUAAUGCCCGCCGCCCGGGCCUUUCCCAUCUCACGUUUGUUAGACUCAUUACAGGUUUAUCAGAAGACUUGGUGAGAUUUCGAACCCGUUGGUAGAAAAAUAUUCUCCGAUGAUUUAUUUAGAGUUUACACUGGCAAGUUAAUGUGACCAACAUUAUUUCAGUGGACAGAAGAUUUUUAUCGAGUACAUCAUGCUUGACGGGGUUAAUGACCAAGAACAGCACGCCCAUCAGCUAGGCAACGUGUUAGAGCCUCUGAAAGUGGUGAGUUACUGUUGAUGGCGGUAGAAACCGUGAUAUUUCCCUCUAGUUGUGCCCGUCUAUGAUCUCUAGUUCUGUUCAUCAUGAAUUCUUUCUCAAUUUACGUGUAUAUAUUUCUUUGCAAUUCUCUCCAGGCCCUCAAGUCAUCAUAUUUUACUGCCAAUCUCUCUCUCUCUCUCUAGAUAUAUAUAUAUAUAUAUAUAUAUAUAUAUAUAAAUAGGGGUUCGGUGUUGGAACAGGUAGUGAAUCUGAUACCCUUCAACCCCGUGGGCGGCGGGACCUCAAGCCACUACAAGGCAACUCCCAGCCAGACCGUUCUCAGCUUCCAGAAGAUUCUGAGGGGCGUCUACAACAUCAGAACCACCGUCCGCCAGCAGAUGGGCCAAGACAUCAGCGGUGCCUGCGGCCAGCUGGUGGUGAAUCUGCCGCUGCGGCGGCCCCUGGGACUCACAACCCUCUUGCCCGACAUCGAGGAUCUCCGGAUCUGA